GGAGCUUCCGGCCGGGUGGUGGGGGGGCGGCCAACCGGUGGGAGCCCUGCGGGCGGGGCAGCCGCGCGGGAGGAGGCGGGGGCCUCCGGGACCUUCGAGGGCUCCCCCACCACGCGCCCCCCAGAGGAAGUUCCCCAGCCCUCCGUGUCCUGGUCUGGGGCGAGCAGGGAGCUCCCACCUCGCCCGUCCUCCGACCUGGAGCAUAGAUCCCCCUAGGGGCUCCCGAAGGGAAAGGGCCCAAAGGGCCCUGGGGAGGAGGAGGCUGGGGACUGCCACCCUGGGGCCACAUAAGCUCUGUGUUUGAGGCUGACCUGCCAGGGUGGAGUGGGGACCAGAGACCAAUAAUACACAGUCACUCCAGGAGCCCCACAAGUUGUGGCGGCUGACGUCUAGGUGCCCAGGGUGCAGAGAGGUGUGGGGGACCUGGGCCUGACAGGUGCACCGCCCUGGUCAGCCUUGGUCACAUAGUCACAUUUUAUUUACAGCCCACCCCGUCCAGCCUGGUUCCCUCAGGUUGAGGUAACUUUGGCUGGGUUGUUUUAGAGUAGCGCUGUCCGAUAGAACUUUCUGGGGUGAAGUCAAUGGUCUCUGUCUGGGCCAUUUCAUACAGUAGCCAGUGGCUAUCAAGAACUUGAAAUGUGACUAGAGAGACUGAGGAAUUCUACAAUGUUUUUCUAAUUCUGAUUAAUUAUAAACAGCCACAUGUGGUUACUAGCUACCGUAUCUGACGGUGCAGUUUCAGAAUCCAUCUUCCCAUGCAUCCUCCCUACCUACUCGUCUGUUCUUUGAUCAAAAACAUCCUAGGUCACAUAGUAAUUUUAUCCCUCUGCAGAAUGGGGCAGGAUAGCCAGUUCUAGGUAUAUGGAAAGGAGCUGACAAACUUUCAAAGGGUACCACCUUGGAAUUGCACCUCCUCCACAUUCUAAGAUCCUUUGGGUGGUGAGCUAGAUGGGGUCACAGAAUCAUGGGAUCCUGGGAGGAAAGGAGGUCAAAGGCAGCUGUUUUAGCCACCCAACAGGUGCCCAAGACAGCACUCAUUGUUCUCUCUGCUUGAAAGCUGGUGGUUCCUUAUUCAUUCACUCCCCAAAUUUUGUGGAGCACCUGCUGGGUGCCAGGCAGCAUUCCCUUCUGUUCAGAUGUGAACAGGUUAGUUACCUUUCCUGUCCUCAGGAAGCUUGCAUUCUUGAGAGAGAGGAAGAAGAAGGAGAAGGAGAGAGAGAGCGUGCCAAGCAAUAGAAAUGCAGAGAAAAUAAGCAAAUUUGUAAACCGUGAGGAGUACAGUGAGGGAACAAACAGGAAAUAGUGACAGAAAAGAAAAGGACCUCCUGGGAAGGGAAAAAGAAGUCUCCUUGGAAGAGGGGACCAAAGGGGAAGUGAAAUAGGCAAAGUGUUGAGAGGAGGUGGAGACAUUCUGGAAGAGGGCACAGCAUGUGCAGAGGCCCUGGGGACAGGAACCUGGCACUCUGGAGGAACUGAGGAAAGGCUGGUGUAGCAGGAAGGGGAGAGAGGCACAAGUGGCCACCAGAGACGUCAGCAGUACCAGACCUCGAAAGGGAUCCUGCCACUGGCCUCAGACAACAAGAAAUCACAGAGGGGUUUUAAGCAGUAUGUUUUCAAAAGCCCCCUCCAGCUGUUAUUGGUCCAGACGGCUCAGAGAAGGGUAAGAGUGGAAGCCCAGAGUGCCAUCAGGAAGUGACUGCCGUAGUCCAGGCAAGAGAUGCAGGUGCCCUGGACAAGGCUAGUAGCAGCGGCAUGGAGAGAUGAGACAGGUUACAGGCAGAUUGUGGAGGGUGAGCCAACAGCACCUGUGGAUAGACCAGCUCCAGGUUAUGGAAGAGAGCAGGGGCUGGAGGGGCAGCUUUCUGGCCAGAGCACCUGGGUAGGAGAGCAGGCGUUUCCUGAGAUGGGGAUGACUGGGAGAGGAGCAUAUCUGUAGGGACAGAUCGACAGCUCCAUCUAGACAAGCCAGGAAAGUGGUUGGAUGGAGAGGUGUGGCACCCAGAGGAGUGGCUCCGGCUGGAGUGGUUUAUUUCAGGGUGACCAGCAGACAUGGUUCUGAACUUUCUGGACAGUUUUAGGUUAGGAAAAGGAGGAAGAGAUGACAUCAGAGGCGGAGGGGUGCUGAUGGGGGAAAGGAAAGCUGGGAGACAUAGGGUCUUGGAAGCCAAGAGAAAUGCAUGUUUCAGGGAGGGUGGGGUGAGCAGUCCCAAAUGCCACUGAGAGUUUCACUGCAUCGGGCAAUAGGGAGCACCUUCCCUUGCACUGAACAGGCUGCCCCUGGCAUUCUGUUCAUCUGCCCUUUACUUAUCCACUAAGUGCUAGGUUCCAUGAAGGGUGCUGGGCAUAUCAGGAGGACAAGACAAUCACUGCUUUCUCAGAGCCCAGUCAUCUAACCAGUAGCCUUAGAAACAGGCAGUUCUUUCAUACAGCCCAAAUCAGUCCUUCCGUUCUCUUAAACAACAAACUUUUGCUCAAAGGCAUCUUCAUACCGAGCCCUCUACAGGGGCUUAGGGAUCCCAAAAUGAACAAACGUGAUCUUGACCUUCUAGGAACCAAGUGCAGAGAUACAUAGAGAAACCCUGAGUUUACCGUAUUGUAUUAUCAAGACCCACACCCAGAGAAUUAUGGGAGACUAAAGGACAGGCACCAGCCCCAGUUGGGGGGAUCCGGGUGGCAGAGAGGAUGCAGAGCUGCUCUCCAGGAAUGAAUGGGAAUUAGCCAGGGAGGAGGGAUAGGAAAUCCCAGGCACAGAGGAUGAAGGCAGAAGCAGAGUAACAGCUGGGUGUGUGGGAGGAAUGGUGAGCCUCUGGAGCUGGCGAGCAGCCAGGAGCAGCGGGAGGCUGAGGAGGACCUUGCUGGCUCAUGGUGAGGUGUGUAGAUUCAGGCAACCACUUAGGACACCUGCGAAGAGGUGGAAGCAAGGGAGUGACCUUUGUGUGAGCUGGUUCUCUGGAUGCUGAGGGAGGGACGAAUUUGGGGGCGUGACUGCAAAGGUGGAGGCAGAUGUAUAAUCCAGGUGAGACAGUGCAGGCCAGAGUCUCAGCUUGGCCUUUGGGGUCAAGUGGAUGUAGAUUUCUUCUUCUUUUUUUUUUUUUAAGAUUUUAUUUAUUUAUUUGAGAGAGACUGAGCAUGAGUGAGGGGUGGGGAGCAGAGGGAGAGGGAGAAGCAGGCUCCUCACUGAGCAGGGAGCUGGAUGCGGGGUUCGAUUCCAGGACCCUGAGAUCAUGAGCUGAGCCAAAGUCAGACGCUUAACCGACUGAGCCACCCAGGCGCCCCUGGACGUAGGUUCUAACUCUGCCUUGGCCACUUUCUGCUUGUGGAACCUUGAGCAAGUCACUUAAGGUCCCCCAGCCUUGGUUUCCUCCUCUCCAAAAUGAGGAGGUUACCACCCUCACAGAGUACUUGCAAGAGUAAUCUUGGUCUUCUCAUGGAGUCACUGCAAAGUCCUUAGCACAAGGCCUGACGCAGUUCCCACUUGACAAAGGGUAGUUACUGCUGUCGUUACGAGUGGGCAUCUAGGGGACAGGGAUGAGGGAUAGUAAGGAGGUAGAGGUGUCUGGUUUUGGCCGUUGGCAGGACGUGGCCUCUGGUCCUGAACUGCUCACCUGGCCUCAUGCCUGGGGUGGUGGAAGAGUGAGCAAGGUACAGUUGGCCAGCUAGCCCCUUAAGUCUGGGGCCCGCCCCCACUUCUGGGCUUCCCUACCCAGCACCACACUAUCAGGGUGCAUGUGUGCGUUUGAGUGUGCCAUGUAUAGGUUUAGGGAAGGGAGGCCCGGUGAAAAUGAAUGCCAUUCUUUGGCCCCGUGGCUCUGGGAUCUCAGCUUUGUGCUAACUUCAUUCUCAUGAAAUAAAUGAUUGUGGACUGAAGAGACUGGCCAUCCUUGAAUGAGGAGUCAAGGUCCGAUCCUGGCUCAGUCACAGAUUAUUCAUGAGCCCUGGGAACCGCUGUCACCUGGACUCAGUUGCACAGAUUGGUGCCAGUCUUUCCAGAGCCGAGUUCUGCCAUGCUUUCAACAGUCAAAGCUCAUCAGGGCCUUGUCCCGGAUGGAGGGAGACCCUCAGAGUGGGCUGGGGCCCCCAGGCCUCCCCCCACUUUGGAUGACAUUCUGUGGCCCUUGGCAUGACCCCACCCAUUCCAGGAGCCCUUCCCCGUUAGGUGCUGUGCCCCGGUCAGUUGGGGAGUGCUCUGUGGGCAGCAUGAACCCACGGUGGACCCCCUAACACCUCUCCCUUGUCUCUUUCAUCUCCAGUCUCCCACCGGAGGAGCAGGAAUAAACUUUCCCAGCUAAGUUAGAUGGAUGGUCCCCAUUAGCCCAGCGUGCUCCCCUCCUGCCUUCCCCACCAACUUCCAUUGUCAAGGGAGGUGCCGCGGUGUGUAGGGGGAGGCUGGGGGGCCAGAGCACUUGGGUGGGGGUUGGGGGUGCCCUGCCCCUCGAGCAGGAAUGGUGCCCCCAGGGAAGAAACCCGCCGGAGAGGCCUCCAACUCCAACAAGAAGUGCAAGCGUUACUUCAACGAGCACUGGAAAGAGGAGUUUCCCUGGCUGGACUUCGACUAUGAGCGGAAGUUGAUGUUUUGCCUCGAGUGCCGCCAGGCCCUGGUGCGGAACAAGCAUGGCAAAGCGGAGAACGCCUUCACCGUGGGCACCGACAACUUCCAGCGCCACGCCCUGCUGCGCCACGUGACCUCGGGGGCCCACCGCCAGGCGCUGGCCGUCAACCGGGGCCAGCCCACUUUUGAGGGCCACGCCGAGGGAGGAGGGGCCUACCCAGACCUGGAGACGCCCCCCACCUCCAGGGGCGUCAAGAUGGAGGUGGACCCAGCCAAAGUGGCCGUGCUGACCACGGUGUACUGCAUGGCCAAGGAGGACGUGCCCGACGACCGCUGCUCCGCCCUGCUCGAGCUGCAGAGGUUCAACCUGUGCCAGGCCCUGCUGGGCACAGAGCACGGCGACUGCUACAGCCCCAGGAGGGUGAGGGACAUGCAGGUGGCCAUGGCCAGUGUCUUGCACACAGAGGCCUGCCAGCGCCUGAAGGCAUCCCCGUAUGUGGGGCUGGUGUUGGACGAGACCAGGGACUGGCCUGAGUCCCACAGUCUGGCCUUGUUUGCCACUUCGGUGUCCCCCUGUGAUGGCCAGCCGGCUACCACGUUCCUGGGCAGUGUGGCACUACAGGAGGGUGAGGCCACUGCUGGCCAACUCCUGGACAUCCUGCAGGCCUUCGGUGUGUCUGCAGCCAAGCUGGCCUGGCUCAGCUCGAGCCUCCCCAGGGACCGCCUUGGGCACGUGGGCCCACAACUCCGCGCCGCCUGCCCACUGCUCACCGAGCUACACUGCCUCCCGGGCCGGACAGAUCCUGAGCCCCCGGCCUACCUAAGUGAAUAUGAAAGUGUGCUGGAUGCCCUAUUCCGCCUGCAUGGUGGCCCCAGUUCCCACACGGUCCCCGAGCUCCGGGCGGCACUGGACCUUGCUGCUGUUGACUUGGCGGGACCCCGGCCAGUGCCCUGGGCGUCCUUGCUGCCUAUCGUGGAAGCAGUGGCUGAGGCUUGGCCUUGCCUGGUGCCCACACUGGAGGCCUCUGCCCCAGCCUCCCCUACAGCUAGGGCACUGGCCCUCGCCCUGCGCCAGUUCACCUUCGUGGCCUUCACCUACCUGCUGCUGGACACUCUGCCCACCGUGCAGAAGCUCGCCCUUGUCCUGCAGCCAGAAGAGCCGGACUUGGCCUUGCUGCAGCCGCUGGUGAUGGCGGCCGCGGCCUCCCUCCAAGCGCAGCGCAUCUCGGGUGGGGCGCGCCUCCAGGGCUUCCUGCAGGACUUGGCUUCCUCCGGCCCCGACUUGGGCGGUGGGCGCUGCACCUACCGCGGCGUGGAGCUGGUCGGCUACUCGGAGGCUGCCGUGCGGGGCUUGGAACGGCUGCGGGGGGCCUUCCUGGACUCCAUGCGGAGGGGGCUGUGGGACUCCUACCCCGGGCCCUCGCUGGACGCCGUGGCCGCCUUCGCGGCGAUCUUCGACCCGCGCGGCUACCCGCAGGCACCCGAGGAGCUGGGCGCGCACGGCGAGGGGGCGCUGCGGGUGCUGCUGCGCACCUUCGCCCCCGCCGUGGUGCGCCAGCGGGCGCUGGGCGACUUCGCGCUCUUCAAGCGCGUGGUGCGCAGCCUGGGGCGGCUGGGCCCGCGGGCCCUGUGCGCCAAGCUGGCGUGCGCGCGCUCUGAGCUGCACGAGCUCUUCCCGGACUUCGCCGCCCUGGCCGCCCUGGCCUUGGCAAUGCCCGCGGGCGCCGGCCUCCUGGACAAGGUGGGCCGCAGCCGGGAGCUGCGGUGGUGGGGGCAGAGCGGGGCCGGGGAGGGCCGGGGCGGCCCGGCGGUGAAGAUCGCCGUGGAUGGGCCUCCGCUGCACGAGUUUGACUUUGCGCUGGCCGUGGAGUUCUUGGAGAGUGGGUGGGCGGAGGGGCUCCUGGGGUCGCAGCCCCCGUGAGGGCGGCCGCCUUCCCUCCGCCCAGUCAGCCUGGGGCCCUGGGCGCUAGUCUAGGGGCCGAGGCGGAUCUGACCGUGCUACACCCAAGCUGACCGCCUCACCGUGGCCUCCCACCCACCUGCCCCGGGCUUCCUCCGCUCAGUGCUGAGUGCUGACCGUGCCCCGUGGGCUGUGAAGGAAGGGUUGCGUCACGGGAGGCCUGGGCGAGCCGGCAGAGAUGCUAGGUUUGGGGGCACCCUCAAUAUCGCUCCUGCCCUUGCCAGAGUUUGGUGAGGAGUAGCUCACCUUUUUCCGUCUGGACCAAGCCCAGAUUUGGGCCCUAGAAAAACUGAAGAGUCUUGGUUGGAGGGAGAGAGGAAGACUGGGUCUCAGGAAUUGAGGGAUUGAGGGAAGGGAGAGUGGGUUCUUGGCUGUUAGCUCCCCUGCUGACAGCAUCUCCUCUCUUCAGAUAGAACUGGAGCAGAUGGCUUCCUUGUUUUUGACACACAGCACAGCACCCUCUCUGUGCACAAGCUACCAGUUCAAGGGAGGUAGUGGUGCCCUACCUCCCCUACCCACUGCGUGAGGCUCUUCUGCAUAUGGCUGUGUAUAUAGACAUAUACAUCUAUAAAUGUAAAAUAAACCUAUCUUGCAUAUUGUUAACACACAAAAAAUCUGAAAGGACUUCUUACGGUUUUGCAAUGACAGGGUCCAGAAAAGUCCCGAUGGACUGGAUUUAUUUCUAAUUCUUCCUCAGAGUCUGGUUGCUCCCCAAAGUUCCUAGCCUUUCCCUGCCCUUGCCUCAGACCUUUAAGACCAAAGACCUAAAACCACAGGGCUGGACCGGCCAACUCUGAGGACCAGCCUCAGGCCUGACCCAGGGGUUGGAGGGCUUUUUGCCUUCUGGAAGGAGUUGGGGCCUCACAGAGCUAGGGGACAACAUCCCUUCAGAUUCCAACGGGUUUCCCGUCUUCUCUGUCAGCCCCUGCAGCAAAUGAUGUGGGGAUUGAGAGGGGGGCAGUUAGUGAGAGGGGAGGGGGCUGGCCUUUCCCCAGGCCCCCUGGGUUUGGGUUUAACUUGCAAUAAAUGGAAACCCAGUACAU